CGAGUCCAGCCGACCGGCUGAAACGGACACAACCCGCAGCCUCUCCUACGCCGCGUGUGGUCGGUCGCCAGAGCCUCUGAGCAUCCCAGUUCUUUGAAAUUGAGGAACAUGAUAAGGCGUUGGCUGAUUAUUUUUGUCAUUUUUCCUCUGAAGCUCAUAGAGGAGUGUGAGUCAACAGUCGACCUUGCUGUUCCUCCCACUGUGAAGAUGAUGAACGGAAGCUCAACCAAUAUCAACAUCACCCUUCAGUAUCCACUAAAUGCAUCCUUGGUGAUCACUUUUGAAAUCACAUUUCGUUCAAAAAAUGCUACUAUCAUUGAGCUCCCUGAUGAAGUUGUGGUGCCUCCCGGAGUGACAGAGUCCUCUUUUCAAGUGACCGCUCGAAAUGUGGGACAAAUGACUAUUUUUCUGCACAGAAAUCAUUCCAACCAAGCCGGCCCAAGGAUACACUUCUUGGUGAUCCACAGCAACACCAUUAACAUCAUAAACCAGGUGAUUGGCUGGAUCUACUUCUCAGCCUGGUCCAUCUCCUUCUACCCUCAGGUGAUCACGAACUGGUGGCGGAAAAGUGUUGUUGGUCUGAGCUUGGACUUCGUUACCCUGAACCUGACUGGCUUCUUGGCCUAUAGCGUGUUCAACGUCGGCCUCUUCUGGGUGCCACACAUCAAGGAGCAGUUUUUCCUCAAAUACCCAAAUGGAGUGAACCCUGUGGAGAGCAACGAUGUCUUCUUCAGCCUGCACGCCAUUGUCCUCACCCUGGUUGUCCUGUUGCAGUGCAUCCUGUAUGAGCGAGGCGACCAGCAGGUGUCCUGGCCGACUGUUGGCUUCCUGGUGCUCUCGUGGUUCUUCGCGGGCGUGAUGAUGAUUUUGGCUGCAGCUGGGGUAACCACGUGGCUGCAGUUUCUCUUCUGCUUCUCCUACAUCAAGCUCGCAGUGACGUUGGUCAAGUACUUCCCACAGGCCUACAUGAACUAUGUCUACAAAAGCACUGAGGGCUGGAGCAUUGGCAACGUGCUUCUGGACUUCACUGGGGGCUGCUUCAGCCUCCUCCAGAUGUUCUUCCAGUCCUACAACAAUGACCAGUGGACACUGAUCUUUGGAGACCCAACCAAGUUUGGACUCGGCAUCUUCUCCAUCUUCUUCGACAUUGUCUUCUUCAUCCAGCACUUCUGCUUGUACAGGAAGAAACCAGGGUAUGAGCAAGUGAACUAGCACCCAGGGCCCCAGUGUAAAUGGCCCAGGCCCUGUGCCCACCAGGAAGACUGGAGAAGCAGCCUGGAGUGCAGGGCUGGCUUGAUGUGCCAACAGUGGAGAAGCACUCUCUUCCUCAGGGCCAAACGCCUUAAACACACACCAGCCUGCCUUCAUCCAGGACUUUCCAGGGCAGGGCAAGACCUCCCUCUGGGACAGACACCAGACUCUGCUCUGAGAUUAAAAGCCCAACUGCUGGCGGCCCCUCUCGGGUCUUAUUGGCCAGUCAUCUUGCCCCCUGCAACUUGAUGCUGCCAUCUCUAUUUUCUUUAAGGCUUCAGGCAGCGCCCACAGGUCCUGACAGCCAUCCCAAGCAGGACUGGACGUGGAGCAGGAAGCAGGCCUUGCCCUAAGCAGCCAGUGUUUCUGGGAGCAGCUUGAAGGACUGACCUUGCAGCUGGGAGAGCCAAGGGCACUUUGGUGCCACUGCUGUGUUCCCAAGGACCAAGCAGCCAGGUGCUGUGGCCAAUGGACUGAGAGGUGCUGGUGGCAGAGGGGCUAGGACUUUGAAGUUAGGCCUUGGGUUCCCUUCUCUGAAGGCCACAUUGUCUUAACACUCACCUUCCUGACACUUAUUCUACAUAACCCAACUUCCACGACUGCAGUCACAGGUGGCCCAGGCCAGCGCCUAGUAAACAAACAGUAUUUCUGGGUCUUGAGGUGCCCAGCAGAUUGAUUCUGAACUGGGCUCACGCCCAGCACCCUCUGGAUCUUUUAUCACACUAACACUCCUUUUGAAUUUUUUGGAGAGAUGUUUGGGAAGUAACUGUCUACCUACCUCCUUUCCCAGUCAUGGGCCCCACACGAGCCUCUCCAGCUGCGCUUUACCAUGUCUGGAGUGCAACGCGCACACAGACCUGUCUGUGCCUUAGAGGCCAGUUGGACCUGCCAAAUACUGAGAGUAUCUUUCCCUGAAAGGGAGGGCAGGCCUUCCUUCCCUCACUUCCCCCCAGACCUCUGGGACUCGCCAAUUUUUUAGCUAUUCAGGAGCCUCAGAUAAGGGCAUGAGACCACACAGUCCUCAUGGGCCAACCCUGAUCCCAAAUCUCCUUCCCUCCCAACGCAACUAGUUGUCCUUCCUGUGGCAGGAGGGGGAGGAUCCCAGAACAUGCUUUGUACGUGCCUUGAGUUUAUCAGUCACUCUCCAACUUUUUACUACAAAACCAAUGUGAGGGGCUUACAUCCUGAAUUAAAACCUAUUUCCUUUUGUUUCCUGAGCAUUU